UAUCGAAUAGAACCGAACGCGACUUGGACGGUGAAUGCUUGAGGGCGUUAGCGAGAACGUUCAGAAGACUUAACCCAACGUCGUUUUGGACGGACUUUUUUAUCCCGUGUCAGGACGAGGACCGUUAUUGAAACUUUGUCGGAGACGACUCUCCCGUUCUACGCAUCUCGCGCGAUCCAGCGCGCGCGUGCGCGCGCGGUGGGAUCGCUCGAACAGAUCGGCGAGAGGGGGUCACGCAUCGGGUGGACGUUGUAAGCGUCUCUCGGCGCCUUCUUUUCAUUUCCCUCGAGGGGCCACGCCGACCUUUUAGAAUUCUCAGACGAGAUCCGAUCGCACGGCCAAACGCAGGAAACACGCCGGUUGCGGCAGGUCGCGAAGAACGGAUCCGAAGAUGGCCUACAUUAUCUGGCCUUAUCGAUGAGAAGAACCACUCCAGCCGCGCCGUGCGAGCGACUUGACUAGAAAAGGAGAAAUCCAGCCGUGGAAAGGAAAAAAAUGGGUCAAGCGUGGUGCAAGGAGAGAACCUCCAAGGCCCAGGACUCCAAGUCUCCGUUGGAUCGGGUUUUUGUACGAUGCGCGCAACGGAUUUAUCCAGGUUUAAAGGAGGAAGGAUCGGUCUUGGGAGGCGCCACGCAGAGAGUUACGAGCUCCGAAAUAGGAUACGCCGGUUCACCGCCGAGGGAAGCGCUCACGAGGGGACGGAGCAUAGACUCCGUGGACAGGCCCUUUCAUCCUAGCGACUGGGUGGACGUCAAUCUCGAAGUGCCUAGCCCGCCUAGAGCGAGCUCGACUCUCACCAACUCGUUCGUCGACACUAGUCUGCGUCUCGCCGCCACACCUACGUUCAGCUGUUCCAAUCUGAAGGACGUCACUCCGGUGCCACCUCCGAGGCGAAAAAAAAGGAACAGGAGCAGGCCCUUGCCGCCGAAACCGGACGAGAUUCCUGAGAACGUGACCAAUAAUUUGAGACGCGGCGAUACGUGCGAGGAACCGUUAUACUUGUCGGUCAGAUCGCCGAAGACGGGUAGCAGCGACCAGAACGGUGACGUCGAGGCGCGGGGAGCGGGAAAGACCUGCACGGAAGAUCCGAAGCAUGACAGUCGAAGGUUGAAAGAGAUUUACGAACAUAAGGUUAACGGCACCGGAAGGAUAAUAUCUAGCGAGGUGGUUUCCGGCAAGAGAACGCCCGGCGACAAGAAAACUUCGAGGACUUCGGAGUCGGGCCACCAUCACCGGAAAGCUCUCGAGAAUGAAGAAUACGAGAGAUGCGCCCGGAAUCAAUCGAUCAAGGACACUUCGGCUCCUAAUCGCCAGGACAGACAGAAGUCGAAGGAGCUCGAGAGGCGGAUCAGGGAUUCCUCGAGAGACGACGACAGACCGGAAACAAAUACAAGGACAAAGAACUACAGCACCGUUAGCUUGCCGAAUUACGAUGAGCUGGACGUGUCUAGGCAUCCCCCGAGAAGCACGGCGAACGACGAAGGAGGUGUGGGAGAGAAAAUGAAGUCGAGGAGACCCGUCAGAUGCAGUACGGUCUCGCUUCCGGCCGAAUCUUUCCUGUCGCCCUUUUCCGAGAAAACCAGCGUGUGCUUGGAGGACUACAUCCCGCGACGUGGCAGCAUCGAGCACCUGUCGCUAUAUCAGGUGCUGGGCAAGUUGGACUCGAGCGAGAACGAGGUCACCGACGGCGGAUUCAUAAAGUACGAUCCGAGUAAAUUGGAGGAUUGGGACCUCAGUGACAUCGGUAAUUGCGACUCGAACCAACGUCUCUCUGUCGAGAAUACGCCGCGGAUUGAAAUCCAUAACGAUGAGUCUGCGGAAAGUGGACUUUCCGAUGGUAUAGACGUUGUCGACCACUCG